CGUGACAGAGUGUAUAACCUAAGUGUGGUGUGAAAUAUAUUUUAGUUUUUGAAGAAAUUUCAAUAUAAUUAAAAUAAAUGGCGGAGAAUAUUCAAAGUAAAGCUACUGUUGCAUCAGAAAAGGUACAAGAAAGUCGAGAAGAAGUUCCAGAUGAAGAAAAUGCUCAGAAAGACGAAAAAUCAAGGGUGAAUGUGGAGGUGCUUGAUGACACAGAAACCGCGACGCCAGAACAACCGGUUUAUCAAAUGCGUCCACAGUUACACGAGAAGUUUAAACCUUUAAGCGCUAAGGAGGUUAUACAUAAUGUGUUAUUUGAUCAGCUUUCUGCGAAAACUUACAAUGCUCAGGAAGCUGCUCAAUGGACUAGAGAUAUAGCAGAUACAAUUAGAGAAAAAGUGAAAGAGUUAAAGUUCAAACGUUACAAGUAUAUCGUAAAUGUGGUUUUGGGUGAACAACAUGGUGCUGGGGUAAAAAUGGCUACAAGAUGUAUUUGGGAUGCAGAGGCAGAUUCGUAUGCACAUGAUAAUUUUUUAAAUGAUACAAUAUUCUGCGUGGCUACUGUGUAUGCUGUAUAUUUUUAUUAAAGAGUGGUUACAUAUUUCUAGAUGUGAUUUAAUACAUAUUUGGUAUUUACCGACAAUAGUAUUUUAAAAUGUUGCAAAUGGAGGGAGAAUAAAU